AUGGCCGCGGGGAUCUCCCCGCAUCCGGAUCCAGUGCCUCCGGACCUUCUCUUCCACUUCCCGUCGCCACCUACUCUCUAUGCUUCGUCAGAUCCACUCCCCGUUCCGUCCUCGCUCGUCUCUUCCCCUGGCAAUUCUCAAACCACGACUUCUUUGGAGGGUCUUGUCCCCGUCUCUUCACCUGGAGAUCGAUCUCCGUUGGUAGUUUGUCCUGAAACCGCUGCUCUUGAAAAACCUGUUUCUUGGGUGGCUAAGUUCAAGCCUCAGUUCAAAAAUCUGUCGAAGAUUGGCUCCCCAACGAUGUCGUCAGAUGGAAUUCCACAAAUCCAAGCUCCGGAUUCAAUAGUCCUGAAACCAGUCACCACAUGGAAGAACCAUAUUGUUGCUUACUUCCAUGGAAAUCCCCCUUCUUCAGCAAAGAUCUUCUCAGACCUCAAUCCGAUUUGGGGCUCAAAAGGAAACAUUUCAAUCAAACAUCACUCUUCAGGUGUUUUUCUUAUUCUAAUUCCGAAUCUAGAAACAAGGAAUUGGGUCUUGGAUGUCGGGUUCUGGCACUCUGGGAAUUGCUCUAUCACAGUAACUCCCUGA